AUGGUCUAUGUCGUCGUCGUGGUCUACCGCGCAUCUCCCACUGUACCAGCCAAAGUCGCGUACGACUGCCUCAAGUCGGUACCUCUGCACAAGGAUGCUGCCAUCGAGCUAGUUGAUUCAAUCCGACCGUAUCUCGAGUGGCAGUCGGACCUGGCGUUCCUCAAAAGCCCGCCUGCGGACUAUGAGCCUGGCCCUUUCGAUGUCGUCAGUCACCUGGAGACAGUGCGCGCGAACCUUGAGGCCGACAAAUACGACGGCGAGCUAGCCUUCCAGGAAGACCUCUUCGUUUUGACAGCGAAGGCUCGUGACGGGCAUUUCCAGUUCAUGCCUGAUGCUUUGACAGGCGUCUUCGAGUAUGUACGUCCGUUCGGGUUGGUGUCUUACAGUAAGGACCCGACAUCGCUUCCGGUCAUCAAGAAAUGGGAAGAGGUCGGCGCGAAGCGAGACGAGGCCAGGAUUCUGACGCGGCUGAACGGAGUCAAUUCGUCGGAAUACGUUCAGAGCAUCGUCGAGACGGUUGCCGGAAACCAGGAUCUGGAUGCCGCAUACAACGCCAUGUUCUUUUCCAGAGCCAAGAUCAACGCCGGGAGCACAUCGGGCUUGUUCAGAAUUGGCGGUUGGCACAAGUACCUGUACCCUGGCGAGAACACGACGGCAGAGUUCGCAACAGGGGAGACGGAGUCCGCCGCCAAUAUUGCUGUUGUCAAAGCCAGCUUUGCAGGCGUGACGGAUGGAGAGUCGUUUUACCAAAAGUUCUGCGCUGGCAACUCAUCUUCGCUGGGUACAGCAGCCUCGCAAGCCUCAACGACGGAGAAUGACCAGCUCGAAGCAGCCCUAUCUCCAGUGGUAAGCACCAAUGAUGGAAAGGUCUCAGGCUUCUACUUGGACGCCGGUGACCUUGAAGAUGUGGCAGUGCUGUCCAUCCCCGGCUUUGACCCCGGCAGUCCAAGGACAUUCCAGAAAGCCGUUGAGGAGUUCCUCCAGGCAUGCCGGACUGAUGGCAAGUCCCGUAUCAUUAUCGACUUGCAGAUGAACCCGGGUGGAUAUGUUUUGUCAGGAAUUGAUCUGUUUCGCCAAUUCUUUCCAAAGAUUGAGCAAGGGGGUUUCAGCCGGUGGAGAGAAAACGAGCAGUUCAUGGCGAUGGCCAAUAUUGUGUCUGAAGCCGCCGGAAAGAUCGACCCCGCAACGUCGCCGAGUGAGGAGGCUGUGAGCUGGGCUCAAAGCUGGUGGAACUACCGCUUCGACCUCAACGUGUCUGGGGAGCAUUUCACGUCCUUCGACGCCAAAUUCGCCCCCAACAUGUGGGCUGGCGACCCGUACACAGCCGUCGUCCGUUCGGAUCUGAGUAAUAACCUGACAACGGCAAACGAAACGUUCGGGAUCGGCAUCGAGGUAACGGGGUACGGAAACCGUCGGAACUUUACUCAGCCCUUUAAAGCCGAGAAUAUUAUUCUGCUGACGGAUGGGUACUGCGCCUCGACUUGCUCCCUGUUCGCAUCAGAGAUGAAAAAAGUGGGCGUCAAGAGCGUCGUAGUUGGCGGCAGACCUGAGAAGAAGCCAAUGCAAGCAGUAGGCGGUGUGAAGGGCGCCCAGGUUUUGCGGUACAGCGAUAUCUUCAACCUGACCCAGGAAGCUCUCGCGUCUGACUUGGUAGAGGUUUCUGCCGAGCAAAGGGCGUUGUUGCAACGGUUGACGGACCUACCAAUGCGACGCAGCACAGAAGCUCGCCUGAAUGUGCGGGACCAGAUCUUGGCUGAUAACCUGGAGGAUGGUGUUCCAGCCCAGUUUGUCAACGAGCCUGCCGACUGUCGUCUCUUCUGGACCUUGGACAUGAUGGCCGAUGUGUCGGAAGUUUGGAAAGCUGCGGCUAAUGCCGCCUGGAGUGGUGCUGGCUGCGCGUCUGGAGGGUUUGACAAGGGUGCCAUCACAUCGACAUCGAAGCCGACGAUGAUGAAGGCGACUGCUGCAAGGCCCCUGCGUGAUUCCACCGUGGUCUCGGAUGCGGAGCCGGGACAUCAUGUAUCGGAGAUGACACUCGAUAAGCAUAACCAGAGGGUCCACAUCGUGUGA